AUGUCAUUCAAACUUUAUAAAUUGACAUUAAAUGGAAGGUGGACGAAUUGCUUAUCAUCCCAAUUCAACAAUGCCUUGACUGGUCACAUUCUCUCCAACAAAGCCCUGACAGUGACUGGUCACAUUCCACACCAACUCAGCCAACUAUCCUCUCUAAGAUACCUAGAUCUAUUCAACAAUGCCCUUACUGGUAACAUUCCGCCUCAAAUCAGCCAACUUUCCCGUAUGCAGACACUCAAGCUGAGCCACAAUCAAUUACAAGGAACAAUUCCUGCCUCUUUCUCUUAUUGCCGCAGUUUGUAUUACCUGGCACUCUCUUUUAACCAACUGCAUGGCAACAUUCCAUCACAGCUGAGUCGCCUAACCCGUCUGAAGUAUCUUUACUUAGGAGCAAACAAUCUCAUAGGCAGCAUUCCCCAUUCCUUGGGAAAUCUGUCUGCCUCAGUUGAAUUGAAUCUGGGAGAUAAUCAUCUCACAGGCACCAUUCCCCAUUCCUUAAAAAAUCUGUCCGCCUUAGUUGGAUUGUAUUUGGGGGAAACUCAUCUCCCAGGUAGUGUUCCCCAUUUUCUAGGAAAUCUGUCUUCCUUAGUUGUAUUGGAACUGGGAGGUAGUUAUCUCAUGGGUACCAAUCCCCAUGAAUUGGGCAAGCUCACUCACCUGCAGUUUCUAUACCUUUAUACAAAUAACUUAUCAGGCACCAUUCCCAGCUCUCUUGGAAAUAUUUCAAGAUUGACUGAAUUAGAGUUGUGUGAAAACCAUCUGCAAGGCCCCAUUCCCCCUGAAUUUGGCAUGCUCACUCACCUGCAGAUUCUUUACCUUUAUACAAAUAAUUUAUCAAGCACAAUUCCCGCCUCUUUAGGAAAUCUCUUAAAAUUGAGAGAAUUAGACUUAUCAGAAAACCAUCUUCAAGGUCUCAUUGCCCCUGAAUUGGGCACACUUACUCAGCUUCAAUUGCUUCAUCUUUUUUCAAAUAAUUUAUGGGUCACCAUUCCUAGUUCUAUAGAAAAUCUCUCAAAAUUGACUCAUUUAAUUUUGCAUGAGAAUGAUCUCACAGGUACCAUUCCCUCUGAAUUGGGCACGCUCACUCAACUAGAGGUUCUUUACCUUUGGAAAAAUAACCUAUCAGGAACCAUUCCCAGCUCUUUAGGAAAUCUCUCAAAAUUGAUUGAUUUAGAAUUGUGUGACAACCAUUUGCAAGGCUCCAUUCCCCUGAAUUGGACAUGCUUACUCGCCUCCAGAUUCUUUAUCUUUUCCAAGAAUAAUUUUUCCGGCAUUAUUCCAAGCUCUUUGGGAAAUCUCUCAAAAGUCACUGAAUUAUAUCUGUUCGAAAACUAUCUCCAAGGUCCCAUUCCUCAUGAAUUGGGUAUGCUCGCCGACCUUAAAUAUCUUCACCUUUUUACAAUUAACUUGUCAGGCACCAUUCCCAGCUCUUUAGGAAAUCUGUCAAAAUUAAUUAAUUUAGAAUUGGAAGAAAACGAGCUUAGUGGAAAAAUACCAGAUUCUCUUGUCAGCCUCGAGCAGCUAAAAAAUCUUUAUCUUGAGCAGAACAAGUUAACAGGGGAGAUCCCUGUCAGUUUAGAGGGAUGUCUGUCAGAGGUUGGAGGUCCUUCAGUUGUCACAAAACCAGCUAAGUGGAAAAAUACCAGAAAUCUUUGGCAGCCUCCAGCAACUGAGAUAUAUUUAUCUAGCGCACAACAGAUUAACAGGGGAAAUCCCUGUGAGUUUAGAGGGAUGUCAGAUGUUGAAGAAGCUUUACCUAUCUUACAAUAA